UACAAUUCUCUGGCCUCUUUUGGCAAUAGUGGGCUGUUUGGGCCUAUUGUGCUUAGUCAUUCACUUGGGAUACAUACUAAUUAAGCCCCUUUCCAGGUAUAGGUUUUAUACAUACAUUUAUACACACUUAAAUACAUACACUGUAGAUACCUAGAUUAAUACCCAUGCCUCGGAGUAGACUUCGUAUGAUUUCUGCUUUAGGGGGCGCAAUACGUGCCAUGUGUCACGUCCUCAUUGGUACACGAAGGCACGGUAAUUUUGCCCACAACAUUUGCCCCUCAAGAAGGGCAUUUCUGGAAACACAUUCCGGAGCUUUCAUAGGCGAUUUCCGGCGUGUUCCUACCACCAUCAGGCGAUUUCCGGCCACCAGGAGACUCAUCCUUUUCCUCGUCACACUCAUCCCGUUCUUCGCGAAACUCAUCUCGUUCUUCGCGAAACUCAUCCUGUUCUUCACCAAGUACUUCGCAGAUCUUUCAAGAGGAAGGAAUGAGCAAGCUAUCGGCGGCGGAUAUUGGGAAGGGCGAUAUGACCGAUUGGAUGGCGGACAUCUAUGAGGCCAAGAUGCAGAAAGCCAAGGCCGAGUUGGAGGAGAAGGUGAGUAUUCUCUUAGGUUG